UCCCCCCCUCCCCCUACCCCGGGGCGCCCCUGGAGCCUCGCUCGCUCCGUCCCGAACCGUAUGGGCUCCGCCGAGUUCCGCUUGCGUCAGGGGCCUCUUCGCCCCUCCAGCGGGGCCGCGGGCAGCGCACGGGCGACUGUCUUCUGAGCUUCUCUCUCUCUCUCUCUCUCUCUCUCUCUCUCUCUCUCUCUCUCUCUCUCUCUCAACGGCCGGCGGAGCUUGGACCCGGCCUUCCCCGGCCUCCGGAGCCCGCGGAGCCCCCGCCGAUCCGCUCUCCCGAGUCCUGUGCUCGUGUCGCCGGAGGCCCGGGUCGGGGCCGGCCGCGCCCUCGCCGGUGCCUCCCGGAGCGCGGUCCCCCGGCGAGGAGAGGCCACCCCAGCCUCCGGGCGGCUCGCAGGUUUUCAGAUGAUAACGGAAGUCUGGUGGGGAUCCGGUUGCCUCCGCAAGACCAGAACCGGACUAGGAGGGAAUCUGCGCCAGCACAGACUCAGGUGUGCCACCGCCCUCAGCCCUGACGCCGGUUUGCAGCCUGCAAGUGUGAAGGAGAUGGAUGUUUCAAACCUCCAGGCCCUUGAGCGCCGUGGGAGGGUGCCCAGACACCGGGGAGGAUGGUGACCUGAGUGCCCCGAGGGCGCCUCAGUGGUUGGCCUGUCUAGGUGGCCAGCCCAGUGCCUGUUUCUACCUCUUCCCCUCACUGCUGCUUGGUCUUCAAGAAUUCCCCAGCAACCCACGAGCCCACAGUGGCGACUGGCUCCAGCACCCGAAGACCUGCGGAUCGACACUGUGCGCUCCCCACACUGAGAAGGAGGGAAAAGGACACCGUGCGUGUUUUUGGGGUGGGGGGAGGCUCUGGACUCUUAACAUCUUGAAGAUGACUCUAGAAAGGUCAACAGGACAAAUCUGGCCUAACCACCAGGGUGAGAGGGAGCUAGUUUUCUCUUAGUUUCCCGGGAAGAUACCCCCUUCCAGCCCUUAUUGAAAAUACCCCCAAGCGGCCUCGAUGUUUUUCUAGGCUAUCUGUCACCUCCCGGAGCACACCCCAGACAAAGGCAUUUCUUCAGAAUGUGGCCGCCCUCUAAGCAGGUGUUUGUCCUCUUCCUCAACAUCAGGCCUGCCCAGGCUGUGGCUAGGAGCUUGUCCGGGAAGGGGCAGAAUAUCUGGCUUUGGUCCCUCUCCAAAGAGGGUGGAGGUCGCUCUCCCCUUUCUCCUUCCUUCCUUCCUUCCUUCCUUUUUUCCUUCCUUCCUUCCUUCCUUCCUUCCUUCCUUCCUUCCUUUUUUCCUUCCUUCCUUCCUCCUCUUCUUCCCCUUCUCUUUCUCCUUCUUCCUCUUCUUCUUCGACCACCCAAGCUUACCCUGGGUUUCUUACCCCCCCCCCCCCCAUGGCUCCAUUUCCGCCGCUCAGCUCCUCAGCAGCCAGGUGUGACAGCAUUGUUGCAUGUGUCAUCACUUCCCCGAAUUCCUCUGUCGGCUCCCUUUUCAGUCUUUAAAGAACCGUGUGUGUGUGUGUGUGUGUGUGUGUGUGUGUGUGUGUGCGCGCGCGCGCGCUCGCAGGACAGAUUCUCCAUGGGAUUUUUUUUUUUUUUUCGGAGUGGAAAUCGGAGUCAUGCAUUCCUGGGAAUUGAUUUCUUGCUGUCCUUUGCAAGAUCAGCACCCCCAUCCCAGGUGAAGAAAGGAUGCCUCCAGUACGCACAAGGCUGGGAAACAGCGGCAGGCGCCACGGGGAUCACCUUCCGGCCCCUGCUCGUCUGGGCUGUGGACCGGGUUUCCAGCAACUGCCGCAGAAGACCCGCGGUCCGCCGCGCGGCUGUUCCGCAGCGCCGUUCAGCUCCGACGCACAGCCACCUGGAUGGCUACCCGUCCCUCGGGGCCCCUUUCCUAUCUGUCCCUCCAAGUCCCAGCUUCCCUUUCCCCGCGCCGGGAGAGAAGAGCCCAGAGAUGGAAGCCCUCUCCCCCGCAAGCCGCCCCUGCACCGCAUUGGAGAGAGAGCUUCGGUGGGCCUCACCUCCUUCGCGCACGACCACCGACCUUCGCACCCACGUCUCAAGCACCCGCACCCCUCCAGCACGCGCACGGUGAUCCCUGUCCACCUCUCUCUGUCAACUCCAAAUCCUCUCCGCCCCGCCUGUUUGUUGCACAUUCUGGUUCAGACCCUGCGCGGUGUGGUGGAGAUGCGUUAAACUGGGUUUUGGUUUCCAAGCCUCUUCACCCAGCAGCGCGCUCUCCCACCUCACGGCUUCCGGGCCACUUGCUCCGUGUGUGUGUGUGUGUGUGGGGGGGUCCAUUUUGUGAAAACUUGACAGACUGUGGGUUCCCAGGACACUCGCAGAUCAGGCCAGGGGCCCUUGCGUUUCUCCAUACAGCAGGAAGACAGCAGAUGCCCUCUCUCUACAGCCCAGCAUCUCUCUACAGUUUGUCCAGGAUGGCCGACGGCUGGAAGAUGCUACACCUUGACCUGGAAAGUGGGAGGCAGGGCGGGUUUGUGGACCGUGAGAGAGCAGGAAGUGGGUUUCUGGACAGGGAGCCGGAAGUGGGACCUCCCGAGGGAUCACCACUUACCGGUUUUCCGCAGAGGUCAUAGGCGCAGGCUUUACACUCCAAGCGGCCCACCUUUGCUUAGGCCCCUUUGUAGACCAAGUGAGGCCUUGCUGGGCUCUGGGUUUGUCACUGGGCGAACUUACUGGCAGGCUGCUGGGGUGGUACAAGCAGGUAGAAUACUCUGCAUUUGGGGUACCUUUCGGCUUUCGCGUUUUUAGUGCGGGGAAGGAGAAGUAACACGUCAGAACAGGAAAGGUACUGUCGUGUGAUGAUAGGAACUCAAAGCCAGAAACAGGCAGUUAGCCGCCAGAGGUACCUAGCUACUGCAGAACGCCUGGCUCUGUCUCUUUGUUUGAAGGCAGGUCUCACUGUGUAGCCGUCGCUGUCCUGGGGCUCUCUCCACAGACCAGGCUGGCCUUGGCGGAGGUCUGCCUGCUUCUGCCCGCUGACUGCUGGUAGGAAAGGUAUGUGCCAGCAAGCUGCACACCACAGUCUUUUAUCCCUACAUACCACUGGCAAGCUGGGAGCCGUUACAGUGAGGCAGAUGACAAAGGUCUCCGUUUCAUUCGCAAUUGUAUGAGCCCGGGAAACUACGGAACCGCGUCUUGCUUCAGAGCUUUACGUUUUUGUCAGGUUUUGAAUGGCAAACUAAAAUAAAACAAAACCACAGAAGGCUUGCAGUCCAAAGUCUCUUCCUCUGUCCCCAUCUCACAGGCACGUUAUUUUUAAAAAAGACUUAUUUAUUUAUUUAUAUGAGCACUCUGUUUGCAUGUAUGCCUGCAGGCCAGCAGAGGGCAUAAGAUCCCGUUACAGAUGGUUGUGGGCCACAAAGUGGUUGCUGGGAAUUGAACUCAGGAACCUUGGAAGAACAGACAGUGCUCGUAACUGCUGAGCCAUCUCUCCAGCCCUCAUCACAUGUUUUAUGCCUAUAACCCAUUUUCCCCUGCACACCGCUACUUCCGGUACUUGGGAGCAACUUCUGCCCCAUAUUCUGCACGUUAGAAAUCCUUCUGACCAUCCCCCCACCCCCAGGGUCUCUCUCUUAGCCCAGGCUACCCUGAAACUUGGGAUACUCCUCCUGUAGGCUCUCGACUCUCGGAUUUCAGAUACGGGUCAUGACAUCCCAUCUUAGCACAUUUUCUUUAUAGAGCCUAGUGGCUGUAGCUGUGCCUCUUCCCCGCCAACUUGAUUGACUCUGGAAUCAUCUAGGACACAUGUGUGAGCAUGUCUGUGCUUGAGUUUCCACACUACGGACUGGGGCCUUGGACUCAAUUUAAAAAAGAGAAAGGAGGAAGUGAAUAGAGAACCAGCAUUUAUCUCAUUGCUUCCUGAAAGUGGAGGUAAUGUGACCAUCUGCCUCCUGCUUCUAACUGCCAUGCUGUCCCUGCUCUGAUGGACUUUAGCCCCUCAAACUGUGAGCCCAAUGUGGCUUUUGUCAGAUAUCUGUCGUCUGUCUAUAAAGUUCUUUCGAGAUUUGUUUUUAUUUUUUUAUUCAUUCAUGUGUGUAUCCUCCGCAGCCCCAUGGUGUGUGUAUGUGUGUGUGCGUGCUGUAUGUCACAUGUGUGAGAGUGCCUGAGGAUUCCAGAAGAGGAUGUUAGAUUCCCUGGAGCUGGAAUUACAGGCAGUUGUAAGCUUCCCAGUGUGGGUCCUGGGAACAGAACUUGGGUCCUCUGGGAGAACAGUAACUUCUUUUGCUCCCCAGGCCACUUCUCCGGCCUUUUUUGUCACAAUACUUUCUCACAGCAAUAAUUAAUAAGUUAAUUAAUACAGCAAUGUCUAGGCUGUGUCUAAGCUGUUAUUUUCACAAGUGGUACUUUGGU